ACCCCUUUUUCAUGUGCCUCCUGUCCUCGAGUUUUUCACCAACUAUAAAUAAGACAAAAUAAAAUUGGGGCAGAAAAAAGGAAGAAAAAUAAAUAAUUCUCUCUGCAAAUUUUUGUGUUCUCAUCUAUCGGCGAUCACCGGAUUUUUCUUCAAUUAUGACUACAUCAAGACGUCUCGCUGACAGGAAGGUGGAGAGGUUUGAGAAAAACAUCACCAAGCGAGGAGCUGUUCCUGAAACCACCGCAAAGAAAGGAAACCAGUAUCCUGUUGGCCCUAUAUUGCUUGGUUUCUUCGUCUUUGUUGUCAUUGGCUCAUCUUUGUUCCAGAUAAUAAGGACAGCAACCAGCGGGGGAGUGGCUUAAGCAUGCAAUACAAGUGGUGAAUGGUGAUAAUAGGCUAGGCCUGCUUCUUCUUGUAGUGUUGUUUUUCUCAAAGUUUAGCCCAAUGUAGAAAUUGAAGAGAAACUCCUGUAGAAAUCGUGUUUUUUAUUUUGUGAGACUCAAAUAUACAGUUUCUUCUGUCUCAUGUGGUUAUGUUUGUUCGCUUUCUCAAGAGAUUUGACCGUUAUCCUUA